GCGCCACCUGAUCAACGGAGCAUCGAACUAUUUUUCUCACUCGCGAUCGUCUCCAUCAUUGUGCAGAAGAAUCGAACGAGUGGUGUGUGAAUUCAACUUAUUUUUUGAGCCAGUGAAAACCCGGACCAGAAUAAAUCUCCGAAAAUGCAGGGAAUGAGCUUGGCCAGCAUCAAGAAGAACCCAGCGCUUAUCCCACUGUACGUGUGCGUUGGUUUGGGUGCCGUUGCUGCCGUUUUCUACACGGCGCGUCUGGCCAUCCGUAGCCCCGAAGUCAGCUGGAACCGCAAGGGCAACCCUGAGCCAUGGGAAGAGUACAGAAACAAGCAGCAUAAGUUCUUCUCCCCCGUCAGGGACUACUCCAAAACCGAGAGCCCGGCCCCCAAAUACACCGAAUAAGCUGGUCAGUAGCAGUUUGGGCGUGUGGUUCGGCAUCCGCAAGAACCCGCGUAUUGUAGCACCUUGUGUAACAACAUCGUUAGAAAAUCUACGAUUUGGUGUGAAUGGUGAGAACAACUCAAUAUGUGGUCGAAAAGUAAGUUUAAUAAAGUUGAAUAAUUGAAAGGAAGCUACCGCCAAAUCGAA